AUGACGCAAACCGACAUUUCCAAUGGAUUCAUCCCGUUUGAUCCCGAUCUGGUUGACGAAGAGAGGGGACGGAAGGUGUUUAUCCUCUCUAUAGUGUUUACCGUCCUCGUCCUGCUGUCUACAACCUCGCGGAUUGCGGCGAAGCUCCUGAAUAAAAUGGAUCUCCGGGCAGCCGACUAUUUUAUUAUUAUAACCCUGGCCUUCAACCUGACUGCCAACGUCUUCGACAUCCAGUCGGUGUACGAGGGGUUCGGACGCCAUCUGCAAUUUCUCACUAGAGACCAAGUGCUCACUCUCCGACGGCUGGGCCAUUACACUACCAUCUGCGUCAUCAUUUCUCUCUGGGCCGUGAAGCUCUCCAUCUGCUUUUUCAUCCUAGCCCUCAUCCGCGACGUCCACCGGCGAAUUGAGUGGGCCCUCUACGGGCUUAUCAGCGUGAGCACAAUAGGGAGCAUCUGCGAGGGAACCUUCUGGGGUCUUCAAGCGAGGCCGCUGCGGAAGCUCUGGGAACCCGACAUAGCUGGAGAAGUCUUCUGCGACGAUACCCUGGUCACGAUUAUAAUCGCGUUUACUGCUAUUAACAGCGUGAUUGAUCUGUUCUACGCCCUAUCGCCGAUAUACUUGUUUGGAAGACUGCAGAUAAGUCGCGGCAAGAAGUAUAUUCUGAUCGGAUUAACCGGGUCAGGCUUAUUAGUCUUCACCUCAUCAAUUAUCCGCGUUACAUUUGCCCGCGACCUACACGAUCCGGAUACCAGCUGGGCUCUGUCCAAAGUACACCUCUCCUCGAUCGUAGAGAGGAAUUUGGCAGAACUCAUCGCCGACCUCCCUGCGUCCGUCAUUCUCUUUCGCAGCGUCCACAGAAACGCCCGCACUCUCUUAUCGUGGGGCACCUGGGACUCCAUCAAGAGGGUUCGCACCAGAGGCCACUCCGGCCCCGGAGACAAGAGCUUCUCGAGGGGAGAUAGACGACCCCCGUUCAGCGGAGGAGAGCCGGCUUACUGCGGAGAAGAGGAUGAGAUACCUCUCAACGAUGCGCCCCGGAUAUCCAAGGACAAUAUUAUAAUAGCCAGUUCGGGACCAACAAUUGGCAUGCGGGAACAUGCCUCGGGUGUGCUCAUGAAUGAGAGCGAGGUUAAUAGGGCUUAG